CAAGGUUCGGCGACCUCUAACCUUUGCGUGCGCAUCCACCUCGUGGUGGCGCCGCUUCCUUUUCCGUUUCCGUUGUCAGCAGAGACUUCGCCUCAAUCAAAGAAUUACAACUGGAUGAUACAAUUGAGGAAUACUGCAGUAUGAUCCACGAAGUACAUAAAGUGAAAAAGCAUAAAUACUUCGACAGUACUACAAGAAAACUUUCUCCUCAACUUCUGCAAGAUAACUCAGAGACUUCUAUUGCAGAGGUUCACCAAGAGGUGCAGAGUCCCAUGUUAAAUAAUCACAGGAAACAAAAAAGGAGAAAAAGAAACUUGUCAUUAAGUGAAUGUGAACGUUCGGAGAUGGUUACAGUGGACUCUAAAAAAGACAUAAGUCUAUUUGUAAGUGAUGUAAGAACAAAGAAGAAAAGGAAACGAGAAAAGGAAAGGAAUGGUUCUAGAUCAGAAGAACAAUGCAAUGGUUCGGAAGUGCAGAAUCUCAGGUUAGCAGAUCAUACUGAAAAGAAAGAGAAGAAACAGAGAGACAAAUGCACAUUGUUAAGAGGGUGCGAUAGUGUUGUUAUGGUGGACUCUGACCUGGCAUGUAAAAAUGUACAUGAGCAUGAUGAUGCAAAGAAACAGAGAAACAAGAAACGUUUCUCUCAAUCAGGGGCUGCACAUGACAGUUUACUGCAGGGAAAAGUUGGCUUAUUUGGUGAGCAAAGAAAGAAAAAACACCAUUCUAGGUCAGCAGAAAGUAACUGUGUGUCACAGGUACGUGCAGUAGAUAUUGAGGCAGAGGAGAAAUGCCCAAAGUUGUCAGGCAUUGUAGAUAAACCAAAGAAUAACAAAAUAAGCCAUUCAUGUUUAGCAGAAAACAGAGCUAUUUCAAAGCCUAAGGCUAAGACUGACAAAGAAAAGGAUUGUAGCAUUGCAUUAAAUGGUGAUGAUAUUUUGGGGAUUCCUGCAAAUGGGACUACACAAUCUGUGCACAAUUCCAAAUUUGUAGAUGGCAAAGUUGGGAAGAAGAAGAAGAAAAGAAGGCAUUGUUCAAGUUCAGCAGAGAGUGGUGAUGUGUUGGAGUGUAUUUCAGUAAAGAUUGUACAACAGAUACAGAAUUCUGCAGGGAAGACUGUCCGUCAAAAGAAAAAAGAACACCAUUAUUCAUCAAAAGGUGAGUCGGGGAUCAUUACCGAGAAUCCUUGUGAAGGGAGUGCAAUUUUAGAAUCUGCUACUGCUGAUAUGGAAACUUCUUUCAAAAAGUGCAAGAAAAAGAAAAUGCAGUGUGACAUCUCCCUCGAUGAUACUGACGUUUUACACAAGUCUGUGAAGAAAUGCAAAAAAAGUAGAGUGUUGCCAUCUGAUGCUCAUGUGGAAAGAAAUUGCAACAUAAACGUAGAAAAUCUUGGUAAAUCAAUAAAGAAACAUGAAGUAAAAUGCAAUACAGGUGGAAUUUCACAGAACACAGCCGCAGAUCAUUCCAUGGCUACACAAGGCACUAACUCUGCCGGGAGUAAUGCAGAAUGGAAUGAGCAAGCUGUCCAUAAUUCCAGCCAAGAAACAGUCAAAAUCUCCAAAAAGUUAAAGCGAAAGAAAAAAAGUUUAUUGCAAAGCAAAUCUAGCAAAACAAAUAAAAUUGGGUCAGAUGUGCCUGAGCACUACUCUGCAUUGAGCAAUAAGAACACAUCUCCGGUGGUCAUUACACCUGAGACUGUUACAAAACCAAGCAAGAUUUUGAAAAAGAAGAAGAAAAAGAAGAACAAAAAGAACAACUUGGAGCAGCAACAACUUGCGAUUGUAUCUGAUGAUAAUAUUGACGAUACAUCUGCUGAGCUGCCCCAAGAAGAGAGUAUAUAUUUUGGCCAAGAUAAGGUCAAAGUCAUGCAGAUGCCUAAAUCCAAGCUUGUUGAAGAACUUAAAGAUUUUGUUCCAAAUGCGGAAAAGUUGACAAGUGGAACACUGUACCACAUGUAUAAAUAUGAUCUUCCACGUUUUGAAAAACUUAAAGAAGAAGGAGUUCCAAUCCGACAAGGCAGAUUUAAAAAGGAGGAAAAUAAGCAAUUGCAGAAAAAUUUAAACGAAUUGAUGGAACUAACUGGAAUUGAAAAUGAGUGGGAGUUUUUCAACGUUCCCGAAUCAUUUGAUGAGAUGUUAAGGAUAAAACGACUAAAACAGAAUAAUUUAUUCUGUGUUAAAUUGGCUGAAGGCAUUCCAAGACCAUGGAAGUCUGUUUAUCAGCGAGCUAAGAAGAUGUAUGAUCCUAAUCGAUAUAAAGGCAAAUACACUGAAGAAGAAUUGGAGAGACUGAAUAAUUUGCAUAAGGUCCAUGGGAAUCGCUGGGUAAAAAUUGCAAAUCUCAUGGAUCGAACUGAUACAUCUGUUAUAUGUCGAGCAAGAUUAUUAAAGAAAUCCUUGAAUCAAGGAGCAUGGAGUAAAGAGGAGGUGAGGACAUUCAUGAAGAUAAUGGAGAAUAUAAUGAAAGAAAAAAUGCAAGAAUCACAGCAUGAUCUAACAAUCACGGAUUCAGAUACAAAUGCACCUGAUUCAAUUUUUCGUGAAAAUUUAUACAAAAAUCUUCCCUGGUGUGCAAUUGCAGAGCAAAUGGAACAUAGGAACUGGUUGCAAUGUCGACAAAAAUGGAUGGGUAUCUUGACUGCCAAAAUGUCUGGUGGGUCAAUAGAGAUGAAAAAGCACAGUUACCGGAACAAUAUCAAUCUCAUCGAAAGAUUGUACUGGUCGGGUAUUGAUGACAUUGGUGAGGUGGAUUGGGAGGAACUGUGCAGCGCUGUUGGAAAUGUUCCACCUUUUGCCAUUCAAAGAAGGUUCUACUAUUUAAAAAACCGCCAUGUUCCUAACUGGACCAGGAAAUCCUUUGGAGCUAUUGUAGAAUUCCUGCAUGAGCACAUAGUUCCGAAAAUGGAAGCCAAGCUUGGCAGAAAAAAACAAAUGGAAGAUAUUUACCAACCACAACAUCACAUGUUCCAAUUAAGUGAAAUAUUUAGUGACAUUGAGGAUGAAGACGAUGAAGUUGAGUCAAUACAUCCAUUGGAAGAACAUAUUGAGACAUCAGUGCAAACUCUAGUUGGAGAAACAAAUUAAAAAUAUUAUUCUGCCUAUCACAAAUUUCUCCAGUGGUUGGAACUGAUGCUUUUUGAAUGGACUAAGGAUUAAUAGGUGUGAUGCUGUCUGUUCAGCUGUUUUACCCAAUUUUCUUUACCUGUGUGCUUACAAACUUCCAUACUCUUGUUGUUUUUGUUUAGAAUUCUCUAGUUAUUAUUCUAAUGUUUAUCAAAGAUAAACUUUCUAUCAAAUUAUUUUUGAAAUGCUUAUUUCAGAAAAUUUGUGGAACUGUAAAUUCUCACCAUGUUUCGGUUAUGAAGAUGAAUAAUUCAACUUGGAGUGGGAAGCAUCGCAUGUAAUGAAUUAACAUGCAAAGAUUUCUGACAGGUCUAUGUAAAUGUUUUACAUUUUUAAAUUGUCAUAUUAUACAUUUUUAUUCAAC